AUGCCGACGAAUGAUGAUAUUCAGGCGGGAGAGACUACUCCUCCGCCACCACGCAGUGGCCGAAGUAAUAACGGCGGCGCGUCGACUUCCUCCACCCGGGUCGGGUCAAGGGCUGACCCGUUCUUGGUGGUCUGCAGAUGCUUUAGUUUCCUCACGGCGAUAGCUGCUAUCCUCUGCAUUGCUGUCAACAUUCUUUCAGCUGUCCGAUCCUUCAAGGAUGGAUCCGAUGUUUUUGAUGGAAUAUUCCGGUGUUACGCUGUGGUGAUCGGCAUAUUCGUGGUGGUCGCUGAAAUGGAGUGGGGAUUCAUCUUCAAGUUCUGGAAGGUAUUAGAGUACUGGGCUGGCCGAGGGAUGCUGCAGAUAUUUGUUGCUGUGAUGACAAGAGCUUUCCCAGAAUAUUCUGGUGAAAGAGCAGAGCUCGUGCUUCUUCAGAACAUAGCAUGCUACCUUCUUCUUUCCUGUGGGGUAGUUUAUGUUGUAUCAGGUAUGCUUUGCAUUGGCUCUUUAAAACGUGCUCGCUUGAAGAAAGAAGUGUCCAGGGAUCAAGCUGUCAAAGAUUUACAGGAACUGGAGCGCCGUAGAGAAGAACUUGAAUCUCUGCUUCUUCAAGAAACAGUUUGA